UUGCCAAAUAAUGCAAAUAGUGUCAGAUCUAUAUACGAGGCGGUUCGGGUAUAAAACCACCAAGCACCCAGAAUAGAGGCACAGUCACAUCUUAGCUGUUAACUUUUAAACACACAAAAUGAAAUUCUUCAUCGUAAUCCUGGCCGUGGCCGCCGUGGCCCACGCUGACGUCUCCCACCUGGUCCGUGGCGGCGAGGCUGACGCCCAGAUCGUCAAGCAAGACGCUGAUGUCGCCCCCGACCAAUACCAGUACGCGUACGAGACCAGCAACGGCAUUGCUGCCCAGGAGAGCGGAGUGCUGAAGAACGCCGGACGGGAGAACGAGGCUCUUGAGGUCCAGGGCUCCAACCAGUACACCGCCCCCGACGGCACCCCCGUGCAGAUCACCUACGUCGCCAACGAGAACGGAUACCAGCCCCAGGGAGCCCAUCUGCCCACUCCCCCCCCUGCCCAGCCCAUCCCCGACUACAUCCUCAGGUCUCUGGAGUACAUCGCGGCUCACCCCCCCAAGCCCGAGCAGCCCGGCCGCGCUUUCUAAGAAGCUAAAAACAAUACCAUAGAGUAAAAAGAAAAAAAAACUAGCGUACACUGCCUCCCGAACUAUUAACGCUGUCAUGUUGUAGUUCAUCACUAUUUUGUUGUUAAUUUCUUAAUUUCUAGUCGCUCAAUAAAAAAAGUUUUGGAAAA